GUAACCAUGUCCCUCUGGCUAGAGACUAUAAAACCAUUUGUUACUUUCUUGAUAAUUAAGCCCGCUUUGAUUCAUUGAAGUUAUAUUUUAUUUUGGUAUUUUUUGUAUAUAUUGUAUUAUCUCAAAAAUGUUCGGGUGUCUCACAGUCAAGCAUUCUGAAAUGCCGCCUUUUUCUUUUCGUAGUAUUAGAAGCUUUUGCAGCACUUAACUAAGGUUCAUUUGCGAAUUUACUGCCAACUAAAAAGGUUCUGUUGGCGAUUCUAUUAAGAAAAUACUAUAAAUAUUUGUGUGCAAUGCAAAUUCCGACUUUACUUUCGGUGGCAUUGCUGCUGAUAUUGAUAAACUUCAGUCAGCCUAGCCAGUCGGAGUCAUUUCGUGGCGAAAUAAAUGGAGAUCUGGGAUUUAUUAUUGAUGUCAAAAAUAUUGUAUCGAUGGUGCGCUCGGAUAUCGAACAAUUGUAUAAUGGUGCUACUAAAUCUGUUAAAUUGGAGUAUAGAGGAGUAUCAGUACGCGAUUAUAGUAAAGUGGCACAAAGUUUUAAGGAAGUCUGCACACAAAUUGAUAAGAUUGAAAAGAAUUUAAGAAUUUCUAAGAAAUCGCCAUAUAAUUAUAUACUCUAUAAUACUGAUAUAUUAUAUUAUAAGUUGAGAAUGGCGAAACACCUGAUUUCCUAUAAAUUUGAGGAAUUUGCGGAUUACGCAAACUCUAACCUAUAUUAUAAUUUUGCUUAUGAAAUAGGUUCUGUAACAGAAUUUGUAAGUGACAAUGCAUUUUAUCUGAAACUUAUCGGUGCACCUUUUGCCAUCGAGGAUUUUCUAAGUCAACUACAACAUAGGUAUGAGAUGCCAUUGGAGAAAAUUUGUCAUAGUGAACAAUCUCCCCAACAACUUGUCUACUUCUUAUAUAAAGAUUACGCUCUAACGGAACUGAAGACCUAUGUACUGGCAGAGUACUCUCUAUUGAUUCGUCGGAUUUAUGAAAACGAGAACUUAAAAAUGGAAACAAAUAUGAUUCGCGAUAACUAUAAUAGUAUUAGUGAAGAGGCCCUCGAAACACUGAAAACUACAAUGGAAAAAGCUGAUCGUGUUAUAUGGCGCUGUGAUCCCGAUAAGCAUGUUCAUAAUGUUACCUACGAUGAGGUGACAAGACUUCUUCAGGGAUAUGUUGAGAACGAAGUGGAUUUAAGUAAUGAUGAGUCCUGCGGUGAAACAUGUUCCGAUUAUCAGAACACAACUACGAAAGGUUGCUUCGAUCAAAAGUUUUGUUCUCAGCAGCCACAAUGUGCGGGUCGAAUACAUGACUGUCAGUUUUUCGACUCGGACUUAUCUGUAUGUCAAUCACCAACGAGCAGCAAUCGUCGCUAUGAGUACAUUCAAUACGGAGAUGGCCAGUUGCUAGGAAAGUAUGAUUAUUGUGAGCAACAGCCCAAUAAAGUGGACAGCUGGAGUAGAUGGUUAUUCUGGCGUUGCAGCUAUUGUUUUUGUCUAUGCGAUGAGCCUAGUUUAAAAUCUGAUCGCUACUUUAAUCUUCGGGAAACAUUAGCGGAUGUGGAAGCCAACAUGGUUGUGACUGGAGUGCGAUUUGUGAAGAAGAAUCGUGUAUUCCAUAUACAAAUACAGCAGGGAGAACUUUUACCCCGAGGUGCCAUCAACGAAUCAACUUUGGAGUGGGUUCCUGUCGAUGAUUACCAAAUCUCUGAUCCGGACGUUACUGAGGGAGUCGACUAUCACGCAAUGAGCUAUGAAAACCGGCGCAUAAAUCUGGGCAAUAAUCUGGGUGAUAAUAUACACAAACAUGGCAGAGGAGUUGUAGUGACCGGGGUGGGAUUCCAUGUAUGGAGAGGACAACUGGCACUAAAUGUAAUGUUUAGUGACUUUGAUUUUGUGGAAGGCCUAGUAAAUGGAUAUUAUGAAGAUGACAGUCCAAUACCCGUACGGUUCACAAUGUAUACCAUUUGGAAUAGUGGUUUGGACAACAGUAAACUGAAUAUCGAUAAUCUUGAUUUACCAACACGCGCAACAAACAGUUCACAGCCAUUAUCGAAGGAUACACAAUAUGUAGAAUUUGUCAACACUGGAUUGGAAAAGGAUGCGGGUCAAACAACCAUUCCGUUUAUCGACAUUCAGGAUGUGGUGUCAUAUCCGCCAGUUCCAUUGGCUGGCCUUGGCAUCUACUAUAAAAGUAGUCCAGGAUAUGGUGGUUUUAUCGCUUCCAAAAUCAUUAGCUAUAACUACGCAGUUCACGUUCGGAAGCCUACAGCGCUACCCUAGGAUCAUGUAGAACAUUUUCAUUUCUCUUUUUGUAACUAUACUUCAACUUGUUUAAUAACG